GGAGACGCGUGGAUUAAUAAGGGAAAGCGGAAGGAGGCGAAAUGAAACCAGCCAAGCGUACGGGGAGGGGCUGGGUUACGCAGAAGCUGAUGUACAACAGCAGUGGCUUUCCAGGGGCUUGAGGAAUCUGGGUGUUAGAACAGCCACUGGGAAUCCACACCCACACCCCAAAACAUGUGUGCUUGAUGGGAAGAGAGGAACAGAAAUGCCAUUCUCCUGAGUGUGCAAGGAACCUACAGAACUGUAAUGUCUAACCCUACAUGGAAUAACAACUCUUGGAAGUUUUUUGGGCUGUACCUGACUAUGUGCAAAACUUAACAAAUCGGCUGCAGCUCCUGCUAAGGAUCAGCCUUGGUACAGAAACAGUGGUAGUUAAAAGGCAUUUUUAGGUGGCAGAGACACGGUGAAGCUGAGUGUGGGGCAGGCAGAGCUGAUGGGGGAGCCUGGGGUGUAGCCCAGGAUGGACUGGCUGUGACGACGUGCCUUAGCUGGAGAGGUUGUUACCAUGAAGAGUUCCUGCAGAGCUGGCCUCCACAGGGAACCGCUGAAUUCCACAUCCUCCACCUUCCAUCAAGUCAAACGGGUUUCUGGUAUGCACUUAAAGCCAUAUCUCAAGUUACAGAAGAAAGAGCGAUCCCCAGAAAUAAGCCAGGAUUCCCUGCGAGGCCACCAGGGACCAACACAAGGAGAAAAAUACACCAACUGCAGCAAACUGAACGUUUUCCCCAAACCCUCCCUCGUGACUCCAUCUCAGAAGCUUCUGGGGAUUAUUUAUCCAAAUACUAUGUGCAAUAUGAACGGCAAGGGCCCAGCGGACGGUCCAAGCGCAAGGGAAAAGAAGAACGCCCUGUCUGCGACGAUCCACCAGGGAGAAGAAGGGGAAGGGCCGCUGGAUGUCUGGGCUGUGGUGAAACCUGGCAACACCAAGGAGAAAAUCGCCUUCUUCGCGGCGCAGCAGUGCAGCAGCAACACCCGCGCGGGCUCCAUGAAAAUCAAGAGCACGUGGGACAUCGACGGGAGAACGGCCAAACGCAGGAAAAAAUCGGUGGAUCUUAAAAAAGCCAAAAUCCAACUGGAAAGAAUGAGGGAGGCGAACGCCAGGUGCUCCCAGCCGGAGCCCUUCGCCUGCGGCAUCGAGCACUGCUCGGUGCACUUCGGGAGCGACAGCGGGGAGGGCGCGUUCCCGGGCCGCUCCCUGUCGGUCAUCGAGAUGGUGGCGUUCCUGGAGCAGCGGGCCAGCGCCCUGCUGGUGGACUGUGCCAAGACCUGCACGGCCGCCUCUGCCACCAGGCUGAGCGCCCAGCCCAAGGCCGCCCCGCCCGGCUCCGACCCCUUCUCCUCGGGCGGGGCGUGCGAGGCGGAGCGCGGCCCCGGCGAGCCCCAGGGCGAGCCCGUGCGCGUGCUGGACAUGGUGGCCAAGCUGGAGUCCGAGUGCCUGAGGCGGCAGAGCGAGCGCGAGGCCGGGAGCCUCUCCCGCAACAACAGCUUCCGCAGGAACGUCGGCAGGGUGCUCCUGGCCAGCGGCACCCAGCCCGAGGGAGACGGGGGGAAGGGGGUCCCGGCUCAGGGGGACGGCCUGGGGGAGGCAGGGGUGGCAGAGGCUGGCUACGGAGGUCGCUGUGGCCCUCCGGGCGCCACCACGGAGCUGUGGGAUGGCGGCGCCUCUGCUCGGCAGCCGUUUCCUUCGGGGCUGGAUACCCGGGUGGGGAAUGUGAAUUCGGGACUUGCCCACGCGGUGUUGGCGAUGACAGCUGGCAGGAAUGACACUGAAACGCGGAUUGAGCCUCCCAGGGCUCUGCUGUCCCCCUGUCCGGCUGCUGCCAGGCUGCCAGCAGAUCCCUUGCAGAGCAAGAAUGCGACUGUUGAUUGUAUGUUGAAAGAGCCUGUAAUUUUCCCAAAGCAUCCUGCUAGGAAGGAGCCCUUAUGCAUCAGUAUAUCAGUCACCAAGACAGAGGAAGGGUGCAGGAAGGAGAAGCUCUCCAGUUCUGGUGAGGAUUCACUCCCAGGGAGGCUGUUUUUCCUCCAGGGUGAGCAGCCUGCUGCUCACGAGCAACAGCCACGGCGGGAGAGUAUCCAGGAGAAGUCAGGGGAAGUAGCCCCAAACGAGGAUGAGGAUGCUCUGGCAUCUGCUAGAUCGUGUGUUAGAAGCAGUGUCCCUACAGAGCCAUCAGCCCCUUCUGUCCCUCCCACAGAAGGGGCUUUGCAAGUACUUGACGCUUCCUGCCUAAAGCGGCAGGUUUCACAUGACUUUCUGGAAACCAGGUUUAAAAUCCAGCAGCUUUUGGAGCCUCAGCAGUACAUGGCCUUCUUGCCUCACCACAUCAUCGUGAAGAUCUUUGGCUUGCUUCCCACCAGGAGCCUGGUUGCCCUAAAAUGCACUUGCUACUACUUCAAAUUCAUCAUCGAGUACUACAACAUCAGGCCGGCGGACUCGCGCUGGGUGCGUGACCCUCGCUACCGGGAAGACCCCUGCAAGCAGUGCAAGAAGAAAUACGUGAAGGGGGACGUGUCCCUGUGCCGGUGGCACCCCAAGCCCUACUGCCAGGCCCUGCCCUACGGGCCUGGCUACUGGAUGUGCUGCCACCGCUCCCAGAAGGGCAUCCCGGGCUGUAAGCUGGGUCUCCAUGACAAUCACUGGGUCCCUGCCUGCCACAGCUUUAACCGCGCGAUCCAUAAGAAAACCAGAGGGGCUGGAGCAGAGGUGGAAGAGGAAUAUUAGUGCACACUUUCCUGCAAGAUUGUUUGGGAUAGGAGGAGGAGAUUCUCAUGCCUUGUGCUGUUUACAGUGUAUAUAAUUGUCGUGAUUAUUAUUUUUUUUUUUUCCACAGGGCUAUGAAACUGCACAUACUCAAACACAAGAGCCUUUACCUUUUAGAUUAAAAGAGAGCUUUUAGUCCAUCUCUGUAAAUAACACUAUAAAAACUAAUUGUACAUACAGAGUCUACAGCUGGCUGAACAAGGUAACCCCUACAAUGCAGCUAUCCCAGUGUUGCGGCUAUAGGUGUGUGUGUUUUUAAGUGUCUUGUUUCAAAAUCUGUAUAUCCUGUAUAAUAUAUGAAUGUUUCUGAGAAGAAACUCUAAAUAGGUAAAGGUCAACUUGUUUAAAGAAGCUGCAGACAACUUAACUGGACAACAAACUUUAGACUAUAGAGCAGAUCCAUUAUAUUAGCGUGGCAGUGGAUUAAAAAAAAAAAAGAGGAAUAUUAUUGUAUAGUCAGAAUAUAAAAAAAAAAGUUCUUGUCUACCUUACCCAUGUUGUCUGGUUGGGUUUUUUUUUUUGUUUUUUUUUUUUACAUAAAUAAAAUGUGCAUUCUAGAUCUGCCUUACCAGACAUUCUCUUGUAAGACUUUUGCCCCAAAAUAAAAAUGCUGUAAAACACGUGGCAGAAACUUGGUGCUGUGCUGUAGUUCAGACGUGCAAUGUGCUUUCUCUAGCAAACCUGUCCUCCUGCUAACAAAGAAACAAAAACCCCCAGCUCUCUAGUACUUGGAGAACUCCCUGCUGUAAGAGUCACAGAUUCCAGCUUUUCCUUUCCUUCCUGCCAGCCCUGCGUGCAGCAGAGGUUCCUUUCAUCGGGAAUUCUGGUGCUAGGUGUGUAAAACUUGCAAAAACUUUCUGCUCCUCCUGCUUCUUGGCUCUUGUGUGGGCACCUGCCCCAUUCCCUGGAUGCUCAAGGAUGGAGUUGUGGGUCCAGCAGGAUCAGUGUGGUGUUGCCUUGGCUCUGUGGUGUGCCAGAAGCUUUCCUGUCUCUCUGUAUUGAGUUUUCCCUUGCAAGAAGAAUCCUUGCAGUGCUGUGCCCUGCUGUGCUGCAGCCCUUGGCCUCUCCUGCCAGUGCUGUGGCUCGCUGCUUUCCAGGGGAAUUGCAGAGGUUUGUGCCAGAUCAACAGCGAUUCCUCGCACUCGGAACGGGAGCGGAGCGUGGAAUCCGUGGCAGAAUUCCCUGGAUCCAUUCCUGCCCUGCCGUGCUGUGAGCCAGACCUCAGCCUCCCGCUAGAGCCCUCGCAGGGUGGAUGGUUUGGAAGCCUGGGAAUGGACCUUGUUCAGUCCAGCAGCCGCAUCCAGCUCCGUCAGGGGAGCAGCAGCCGUUUUCCAGGGAGCCCAACGGAGCGGGGCGGCCGUGCCUUUGCCCUGGCCACGUCUUUCUGUCCCCCACUUGGUGCUGUUGCUGUUCCUCUGCCCCUUCUCAGGGCAUGGAUGGACUCCUGGCUCUCACCAUUCCAGCUGGAGCAGCCAAAAUCUCUGAGCUGGUGCCACCUCCCCAUGGGGCUCACCUCGGGCCUUCCUCUGCCCUGCCAAGCCCAGGGAGCCGCUGGAAAGGGCAGGGAUGGGGUGGCCCUGUGCCUGGCUCAUGUUCUCUAUCCUUCGGUGCUGGAUCAGCAAGGUGUGGAAAACUGCUGCCUGUGGGGGCCAGGCUGAGCCACCCCCCUCCACCUGCCCUGGGCUCACAGGGAGUGACUCACCUGCUUUUGGAGCGGCAGGAGGACAAAAGAGGGUUUUGAAGGCUUUUGUUCUUUAACAGUGGGAGAAGGAAAAUCGAGCCCUGGCAGCCUGAAAUGUGGGUUUGGUGAGCUCAGGCUUUUCAGGGAGCUUUAAAGGAUGUGCUGGUUUUAUAUUUUGCCUUCACCUGCUCCUGCCACCCACCGGGUGUCAGCCACCGCUCCCAGAGCUGCUCAGCCUCCCUGCACUGCAGACAUGAUGACAAGCAGGAGGAAUGAAAUUAGGAAUCUGAAAGAAGGGUGCGGCCGCCUUGUAAUCGGCUGGGAAGAGGGAGAGGAAAAGCGGGAUCCCUCCUUAAUCCCUGACUUCAUCCUCUAGCAGGGUGCAGGCUUCACCCAAACUUCCAUCUGCUCCCUCGGCUGCGCCCGGACCAGCAGCAAAACCCUCCAAGCUGUUGUUUUGCCAAAGCCAUCGGCAUCAAAGGCCUUCAGCUUAAUUUUGAUUAGGGGAAAAGGAAAAGAAGCUGCUUUCCUGCACCCCCCACCCAAGACUGUGGAAAACUUGAGGCUGACAGCAGCGAGGAAAGUCCCUGUGAGGCUGGAAUGGAGUGGCAGAGGAAAAUAUUUUGUAAUUAGAUAAGGGGCCAGUGAGGUCAUUUUAUUUGGAACAGGGUAUGAGAUUUUGUUGAACAAGGGGAAAAACGAGGAUAAAAUAAUAUCAUGAGGCUAUUUUGUUCUUGGAGCAGGUAAAUCCAGAGGACAACUUGCUAUCUACCCUACCCCAUCUCUGCCCUCCCCCAGGCUGGCUGGGGAGUGUGGGCAGGUUUAUACAUCAUUUAUUACGUUGUCUGCCGGAACUGUCCCUCCUGCACAGCAUUGCUGUUAAAAAUUGUUUCAUGGAGCAAGCUUUUGCAGCCAGAAGUGGGUUGGUUCUGAAUGUUGCCAUGCUGAGCUGCCUGCCUGCAGGCUUUUUUUUUUUUUUUUUUUUUUUUCCUGUAACGUUGUAAAAUGCAGAUUUCUGUUUCCUUAAGGGAUGGUUCAGGGAGAAGCCAAGGUCUGAUGAAUGUUAGGGUUUUGGUUUUUCUUCCUAAGAAGCAAUUAAAAAAAAAAAAAUAAAAUCCAGUGUUGGAUUUACAAAGUUCAGUGUUUAGAACUGAGGAUGAAGGACUGCACCAUGUGCUUGACCUCCCUGCAUUUGAGAGCAUUUGGAGUGUCUGGACUGAAUUUCCAGAUAGGCCUGUGAAGAAGUUGUAAUAACAUUUCCAUUGUCCAUAAGCUUCCAGUUCUCAUCAAGCUCUGGGGCUCUCCUGGCAUGGACAGCACUGAGAAAGCUGCCUGUGGCUGAGCCUUGUGGUUGGGUUCUUGCUCCAUCCUGGCUGUUUCUGCAGCAGCUUUUCCCUUUGCUGGCCAUGUUCCCUGUGGAGAAAUCCUGGGAUGCUGCAGCAGAGUUCAGUUCCUUGUGUUGGACCCAGGUCCCUUCCUGCAGCACCUGCUCCUGUGCCCUGGAGCUGUUGGUAAAGCCAUGGAAAAGCUCCAAGGGCUGGACCCCUCUGCUCUGGAGUCAGGCUGGGAGAGCUGGGAAUGUUCACCUGGAGAGGAGAAGGCUCCAGGGAGAGCUCAGAGCCCCUUGCAGGGCCUGAAGGGGCUCCAGGAGAGCUGGAAAGGGACUGGGGACAAGAGAUGGAGGGACAGGACACAGGGAAUGGCUCCCAGUGCCAGAGGGCAGGGAUGGAUGGGAUAUUGGGAAGGAAUUCUGCCCUGUGAGGGUGGGCAGGCCCUGGCAUAGGGUGCCCAGAGAAGCUGUGGCUGCCCCUGGAUCCCUGGAAGUGCCCAAGGCCAGGUUGGACAGGGCUUGGAGCAGCCUGGGACAGUGGAAGGUGUCCCUGCCAUGGCAGGGGGUAGAAUGAGAUGGACUUUAAGGUCUCUUCCAAGCCAAACCAUUCCAGGAUUUCACACCUGCACAAAACUGCACUGACAGAUCCAAGCUGUGUCUCCACUCCCACUUCUUGCACGGUGGAAAUGGUGCUGAAGCCCCACCUGGGGCUGUUUCUCCUUCCCCCCUGCCUUUGGCUGGUCCAGGCAGUGCUGGUGUAGGGACAGGUGAGGGCAUUUUCAGGCUGCUCUCCUGCCACAAACCACAGUGGGCAGAGGCCAAAAGCUGCUGCUGCUGCUCCUGUUUAAGCAGAAGUGGCCUGAGCAUUGUCUGCACGAGCUGAGCUCGGCCCAGACUUUGCUCUGCCGCUGGCCAUGACCCGACUGCGCUGUGACCGAGGCCAUGAACUGCCCCAGCUCUGAGUGCAGGAGCCCCAGGUGCCGGCUGCUCCCAAUCCCGAGUGUCCAACAGCCAGGAAUCGCAGGGCCAUCGCUCCUUCCCAUCUGAUACAUCACAAAAAAUGCAGUGGGAGGGAUGAUUUCUCCCCCCUGGUCCAGCAGCCUGUGACCCAUGGGCUGCCAGGGCCCGUGGGCAGAGCCUUCCCUGCCGCUCUGACACCACAAUUAACUCCAUCCUUCAAAAGUCACCUUCUUGCAUCCCAAAACGAGCCUGUAACGAGGAGCCUUUGCAUGCAGAAAGAAUCCAGCAGCUGCAGAAACAUCCCCCAGCACAGGAGCAGCCCCGAGCCAGGCUCACCCAAGAGGUUUAUCCGUUUACAUGUACAUAGAGGGAUGUGUGUGUGUGUGUGUGUGUUGUGCAGGACUCCACCCCCUGCUCCCAUGGAGAUGCAGUUAUUUUAUGUAAGAGUAUUUUUUUAGAAUGGGUAUUGCUUAUUCCACCGCCGUACAACUGAUUGCACUGUAACAGGUCUGGUCCCUGUGAUGCUUUGAAGGCUGGAAAUUCUUGUGUUCUUUGCCCAGCACGGUGAAAAACAAAUCACACAGAAAUAACAGUCAUAAAUAUACAACUUUAAAAAAAUUACUGUUAAAGAUUUAUUGCAAUAAUACAAUAAAAUUUAGAAGAAAAAAAAAACCAAAAACAAAAACAAAAAAAAAACCAACAAAAACCAAAC